GGGAACGAGAUGAGCAGCGCCGGAGCCGCUGCAAGAUGCUGGAUGGACACGUCCUGCUGGGAUGGCUCUCCUCCUGCGCGCUUCUAGGGCUGCUAGCCUGCACCCCGCGGCCCUCCGCCGCCUACUUCGGGCUGACGGGCAACGAACCCCUGACCAUCCUCCCUCUGACCUCAGAAAUGGAGGAAGCUGCCGUCAAAGCCCACUACAAAGUCUGUGACCGCCUGAAGCUGGAGAAGAAGCAGCGCAGGAUGUGCCGGCGGGACCCCGGCGUGGCAGAGACCCUGAUGGAGGCCAUCAGCAUGAGUGCACUGGAGUGCCAGUACCAGUUUCGCUUUGAGCGUUGGAAUUGCACCCUGGAGGGCCGCUACCGGGCCAGCUUGCUAAAGAGAGGUUUCAAGGAGACGGCCUUCCUCUACGCCAUUUCCUCUGCAGGGCUGACACACGCUAUGGCCAAAGCGUGCAGCGCGGGCCGGAUGGAGCGCUGCACCUGUGACGAGGCUCCUGACCUGGAGAACCGCGAGGCUUGGCAGUGGGGUGGCUGCGGUGACAACCUGAAAUACAGCAACAAGUUUGUCAAGGAGUUCUUGGGGAGGAAGCCCAACAAGGACCUGAGAGCCAGGGUGGAUUUCCACAAUAACCUCGUGGGCAUGAAGGUCAUCAAAGCUGGUGUGGAGACAACCUGUAAGUGCCACGGUGUGUCUGGGUCCUGCACUGUCCGAACGUGCUGGAGGCAGCUCUCUCCAUUCCACGAAAUAGGGAAGCAGCUGAAGCAGAAGUACGAGACGUCGCUCAAAGUGGGCAGCACUACCAACGAGGCCACGGGGGAAGGAGACAUUUCCCCACCCAAGAAAUCCAUCCCCGGUCACAGUGAUCAAAUCCCAAGGACUACGGAUCUUGUCUACAUUGACGAUUCCCCAAGCUUUUGUCUGAUGAGCAGAUACUCGCCCGGGACUUCGGGAAGGAAAUGUUACAAAGACAAGAACUGUGACAGCAUCUGCUGUGGGCGAGGGCACAAUACGCAGAGCCGGGUGGUCACUCGGCCGUGCCAGUGCCAGGUCCGUUGGUGCUGCUACGUGGAAUGCAAGCAAUGCACCCAGAGAGAGGAGGUUUACACCUGUAAAGACUGACACAUCUGCCCGAUGGCGACCCUCGGCGGCGGGCGAUCACGAUCUAUGAGAACUACAUAUGGAGACAAACAGGGUUUGAUUGACCUUCUGGGAUCUGAAAGCUAUGUUGAGACAUAAGCACUUUGUAGGGUACAGGUGACCCAGCUGUGUUGCUGUUUUGUUUUUCUUUUGUUUUGUUUUGUUUUGUUUUUUUUUCCUGUAGACUGAAUUCUAAUGAGGUCCAACCAUGUGGAAAUAAGUGCCUGUCACACUGGGGCUAGACACCAGUUGACCUUUACCUUCGUCGUCCAUGCAGUUGGAUGGAUCAUUUCUCCUUGGAACAUCAUGAUUGUUUCAUCAGUCCUCCAUAAACUUCUGAGCUGAUUAAUUCUUUCUGGAAUAAUUAACCUAUAUUGCUUUAUUCCUGAAGCUUACCCAGCGGCUUAGAGAGCUGGACAGAUUAAAAAAAAAAAAAAAAAAAAAAAAAAAGAUCUUUCUGCUUUGAAUGCAAAGGUAUGAAGACACAAGAAGUGAUCAUUUUUUCCCUCUUCUAAAGCUGAGGAGAAGGAAGGGUGCAGUAAGCAAAAACAGCCCUUGUAGAGGUUGUUCCUCUAAUGACACUUCUGCACAUCCAGCAAACAAGGCUCUGACAAAGAGGCCCACUUGGAUGGUAAGCUUUUUAAUGACAGCUCCAUAUCCACGUGCUUUAAUCACUAAAUACAGUCGGGUCCACCAUGUUGCAGAUGGCAAUAUAUCCAAGAAAGAGGUUGGGAAGACAUUAUGAUACCAGAUGUGCCUGUCCCCUUCAGUCCUUCAGUCGUCUUAUUUUUUUUUCAUACAGUUUCUUCAAAUGCAGUUCCUUCAGCACUAUCACUGUCUUAAUUUUUAUUUAAAAAAACAACCAAACAAACCACUAGAUAAUUUUAUUUUCCCUUUGUGCAUGGCAUUUUUCUCUCCUCUUCCCACCUCUUAAUGAUUGAAUUCACCCUGUGGAAAUUGCUUCAGAAAUCUAAACUGGAACUUUUUAGUCUUAUGUCAGCUGAAUUUGGACAUGUAUUUUUGAGGAGGACAAGAGAAAUUCCAGUGCAUCUUGGAAUGCAGCAAUGUCUCGCAUUGUAUAGCAGCUGUUUUGGACUGGAUCGGACCUUUGGAGGAUUUGACUUUUCUUUUACUAGGUCAUCAUUCCAUUUACUCUUAACUACAGCAUUGGUACAUGACACAAGCUGUAUAACCCUAUGACCUUAAGAUUUGUUUUAACCACUAGAUUGAGAACUGUAUUUUAAAAAUACAGUUGCUAAAUGGUAACCAACUGUUGGAUUUGGAACAUCUUAUCAACACAAAGACAACCCAGCAAGUGGCCAGAGAAGCCAGAAGUCAACUGCAGAGGUAGAUUGCUCUGAUGCUGUGAAAUAGAUGACAAUCUUCAGCAGUUCUUUUUCCCUUUGAAGAGGAUAUUUUCAAUCCAGGACUUGAUGCUAUAAUAUCUGUUAGUCAUAUAAAAGUGCUUCUGGGAUUGGAAGUGGCUGAUGAAUGCCUCAACAAAGCUUUCUGAGGAAACACUGGAGAGCGGAGGGCAUUGUAUUGUAUUUUUAUAUCAGCUUUUGAUUGUCCAGUAGUAGCAAUUUCCACCCAUUUUAUACUGACCAUUGAUCUGGUUCUCAAAAGAGGAAAGCUGGUGGAGUUUUUCAAGUAGUAGUAGAGGUUGGCCAAGCAAAAAGAGAGCAGUUUUUCAAGAUGGACCAUUAUUUUUCAAGGCAUUGUGUUGUUUUCUUUUCUUUUUUUUUUUUUAAACUUUCUUUUUUCUUUUUUUUUUUUUUUUCUUUCCCCAAACAAUAGCCACUAAUAUUUAAACUGUUUAUGUGCAUCUACUGGGAGGAAAAAAGGUUAUUUUUUUUUUUCUUGGUAACAGAUAACUGCAGCCCAACCUGACUUAUUGGCAUCAAAUCUAGAGGUAGGGAACUCGGGAGGGACAGGAGGUUACUUUUAGUAGUGCUGUGGUCCUGCAAAGUAAAGCAUACUGGCUAUUUUUUUGAUAUUUGUUUAUUUGCUGUACAAAUCUGGAGAUUGUGGUAGUGCUGUAGAAGGAGUAAUCCACACGAGGAGUGGUGCACACACAGUAUUUGUCCCUUCCACCAUGACAGAUGCCUGGUGGAGCAUCCGAGGAAGGUCUCACGGCUUCUGGGAGAUGCACCUCUUUGAAAGUCACUCGCAAGCAGUUUAUCUAAUGGUUUAAAAAACAAACUGACUAGAAACCUAUUACUCAGUGUCUGCAUGCGAGUAUGUAUCUACGCUCAUGCAGACACAUAAAUAAAUAUAUAAAGAUUGAACGAACAUUUAUUUAUUUUAAAGCCCUUCAGAAGGACCUUCUUAUGGUUUCAAUGUGGUAUUAUGUUAAAUUCUUUCUCCCUCUCUCUCGCACGCACACACACACAUGUGCAUAUGUGCAAACUCUUCGUUUCGUUUUGUUUUUGUGUGUGUGUAUGUGUGUGCUAGGAUAGCUCUUCCCCUCCAAAGUAAGGCUGGAUCCAAACCUGCCCAAAACAUGAGGGUUUGUGGAUCUGAAUUACUAUUUCUGGCCCAGUUCUUUUUUUUACAUAUUUGUUCUUUGUUAAAUAUUGGGCCACAACUUAUGUGCAUUAUUAUUAUUAUUAUUAAUUAUUAUUAUUAUUAUUGUUGUAUUUAAACCGUGGGCCUCAUCUUCCUUCUUUUCACUGGUGUCUCUGUCUCCGUUGACCUCGCUGGAGUAACUCCACAUUGCACUGGUGUGAGAGGAGAAUGAGUCCCUAGAUGCAGAAGAGAGGGCAGAGCUGGCAUGGAUAUCAUUGUAGAGAAAAUACCUGUGUCUGUGGGGUAGGGUAGCAUGGUGUGUUAGGGGGGAGAGAGAUGGGUGGGCAAUGAGCAGGCUGCCAAAGCUAGACUAGAAGAACGAGGCAAAGAGUGAAUGAACUACUGAGUGAAAGAGCUCUUCUGUGUAUUAUAAUUCACGCACUGAAGCCUGGAUGCUUUCUGUAAGUAUUUAAAAACAAAAACAAAAAAAAACAAAAACACCCUAAAAACAAACAAACAAAUGAAAAAAAAAAAAAAAAAAGCAUUAAAAAAAAAAAACAAACACACAAAAACAAACAAAUUGUAUUUAUGUUAAUGUGGAUAUAUUACUUGCCUGUUGUAUAUUGUAAAUAGCGAGGUUUAUUCUCCUGUGGUUAAAAAGAAAUAAUUAUAAAUGACUAAAUAGUAGCGAGGCACAUGUGUUAAAUGUAUAGGCAGUGUAUAAAAUGUACUAACACUCUGAAAUCAGGAGAACUUGUCUUCUUGGCCUUUUGACCUAGGGUGGUAAAACAUAUGUGGGUUAUUCCUCUUCUCCCCUCACCUUGUUGUGUGUGUUCCUUGGGUGGCACGGGGGGAUGUUUAACUCCAGCAUUUUCCGAUGUUUGCCUUAUCUUUGAAGAAAGAAUUUGGGGAAAAAAGCUUGUUUUGGAAGAAUCCCAUGGAGCUCGAGUGGCAUUGAGGCGUGAGCAGGUAGAAGGAAUAUUGGUAAACCUGCUCAAAACUCUUUUGAGAUCUUAGUCUGGGUUUUCUGCAGGAAACCCUGAAGGCCUCUGUCAGACACUGACUGCUUCCUUUGGGCUACAGCUGUUUCAUAUUGGAUUUUUCCAGAGAGGCUAAUUCUACCCCCACACCAUUGGAUCUCCAGUGCAAUUCAAUGAAAUUGCUCAUAUUUGCAAAACUACUAUAGGAGUCGAUUUGGGAAUCUUUCAUGAUAUCACUUCAUAAAAACGAAACAAAACCACAAACGAGUGCAAAGCAACUUUUUCUCUUCUUCCCCCCUCUCUGCCCCCGAGAAACAGAUUUUUGCAGUAAAUGUAACUGGAGAAGGAUAGAUGGGUGUAGGGGAGGUCUGUGGCUUCUGAUCUCCUUUCACCUCCUAUCCCCCAAAAGUGUCAAAGUGUUGGUUCUCCUGAGCUGAUCCAGCAAGACUUGCAAGAUCAGUUUUGGGUUGGGGGAGGGGAGGGGGGUGCAACCAUUAUUUAUAUAACUUUUUUAUUAUUUUUUUUUUUAAAGAGAAGUUAGCUGAUGGAAGAAUAUUUUUAUUGAAUAGUGCAUUUAGUUAUGUCAGAAAUAUAAAUAUAUAUAUAUAUAAUAUUUUUGUAAACAAGGCAAACUGAAAACGUUUGCUGUUUUAUAUUAGAAUUUUCUAUUAAAAGAAAUAAAAAAAAAAAACCCCACACAAAUAAUUGUUGCACCCGUCAUCUGUUUUUUAACAAGCUUCUAUUCUUUUGACUGACUCAUAUAUAUUGGAUGUGGAGAUGUGCAAAACGAAUCCUCAACGUUACAUUCUCAUUGUCUUCCAGCUCCCAAAAGACUCCAUUUGGUGAAAUGAGACAUGUUUAAAGGGGAUUUUUUUUUAUGGACACUGAAAAUGAAUAAUGGAGAUGAACAGAAUUGA